AUGUUGAGAAUGCCGGAGACAGAGAUGAGUUGGGGGCGAAUAAUGCCGACGAUGGGGAUGAGCCGUUGCGAGCCUAGCAUUAUAGGUGUCUGGUGUAAGAAUGAUAUGAAAAUGAAAUUACAUGCUAGUAAGUUGUACUGUUUUUGCAAAUUAAAGAGGGUCAUUAACACGGCGCAAAAGCUCGAAGAAAUGAUGCUCAGAACAACAAUGGCCGCUCUGUUUCACCCCACCACGAAGCUGUACUCUUUACCCCUCAAGGCUUUCGUCUCACACUCGCUUCACAAACCCCAGCGGUUAAUAAAUCGACAAAGCUACCCUCGAGCUGAUAGAACAAUCUUAUCCAUCAACACACCUCGUUCUCUAUCAUCUACAGCAGUUCCCAAAAUUUCUAACGACACGACUUCUGAUUUGGACAGCAGUUACUUGUCUUGCUCAAUGACCAAUAGCAAGCGCCCUAUCAAAAUUACGGUUCUUCUCAUUGGUGGCGUUGAUAGCAGUGUCGCAUUUCGCCUCCUCCACGCAGUCGGACACUCCUGCACCGCUUUCUACCUUACAAUGCAUAUACGAAUCAAAUUAUUCAGGUUUAUGCCCACAAUGUCUGGUUUCGAAUAUAAACUUAAUUUUGUUGGUUAUCUAAAAAUUCAAAUUGAAGAUUUCCAGAACUUUUGGUCUGAAUGUCCAUGGGAAGAGGAUUUGAAGUACGCAAAAGCUGUUUGCAAUCAGGUUGCUUUCUUCACCUUCAUAUUAUCCAUCUCAUUUUAUCUUCAGAUUUCUGUUAGUGCUUAA